UAACGUUACCUAUGAAAUAUACCGGCAGAUCAAUUCUAGCAGCAGAUAUUUUGCCGAUUAAUAGAAAUAAACAAUUUCUUUCAGAUUUAAGAUAAAAUUAAUUAUUAUAAAUAUUAAUUAAAAACGAUAAGACUGAAAUGGUUUCCCUACAGGAUGUUUCCACAUUCAUUGUUCCAGGCCAGCUCUGCGCGCUACCGCAAAAUGAAGUGGGCAGCUGCUCAGUAUCGAGAAAUUAUCCGGAAAUUAAUUUGAAUUGUGAAAUGUUCAGCACAUCCGUCAGCGGCCACUCAAUGGACACAUAUCGCAAUGUAAUGAUACCGGUGGACGAAGGUGUGAUGAAGCGUAUAAUACGCACAUUUUUCGAAAGUGGCUUUAUGGAGGCGCUGAAUGAAGCGCGAGACCGACAAACAGCCACUGUGAGCCCGCUAAUAUGCGCAACUGCACAAUUUACAUUUGAAAUGUUGCAAUUUGUAAAAAAGCUCAAGAGCAAAAUUUUUCCGCAUAUGCGUGAGGUGAGUGUCGGCAACGUGGCUGAGUUCUCUCAAACGCGUGACUGGUUACGCUCCUAUAUACGUUGUAUUGUAUGGCAUCCAAAUUGUUUCAAAAUUGCUGUUGCUGGAUCAGAUGAUAUUGUCAGAAUAUAUACCGACGAACCGGCAAUGGUGCCAGUUCUCAAAAGUGGUUCACAGAAGUGGAUUACUUCAAUGGCGUGGCGUCCGUUAACUGCCGCUGAGUUGGCGGUUGGCUGUCAAAAGGGAGUAUGUCUAUGGACAAUGGAUACCAAUAUGCAUAUAACUCGUAGUGCCACACAAGCAGUAUUUCUGAAACAUCCUGGACAUUGUCCCAUCACAUCCGUACAGUGGAGCACCAAUGGUACGCUACUUGCCACAGCCUCUAUUAGCGAUACUGAUAUUUUAUUGUGGGAUGUGGAUAAAAUGCAGAAUAUGCCAUUGAGACGGGUAGGUCCUCCCUGCUCGCUACUGAAAUGGUCACCUAAUGGCGCUUUUCUAUUUGCUGCCACUGUUGGGAAUGUUUUUCGUGUGUGGUCAGUACAUAAGAAAUGGACGCCAGAACGUUGGACCAUCAACACUGGUAUCGUACAAUCAGCAUGCUGGUCACCAUGCGGCAAUUUUUUGCUUUUUGUCACAACAGGCGAUAGCAUUUUAUAUCGCUUGAAUUUCCAGAGCGAACAGGUUUUCGCAUCCGGUACAUCCGCCAAAGAAGCUUUAAAAAUUGCCGACUUAACAAAAUUUAAUGCUGGUCGCCGCGAGGUUGGCGGCAAGCCACAAGCGUUAGCCUGGGACGCAGAUGGCAAAUAUCUGGCUGUUAUAUUCAAAGACUCGCCUUGUAUUGCACUCUUCAGCACGUGUUUGAGGAAAUUCGAUAUGACCAUUUCACCACUAUGUUUCCUUACUGGCAUAGGCGUAGAAUAUCCCUCAUACAUCUGUUUUAAAAGCAAAAAUAUGCGAAAUACGGAUACUGUUUUAACCAUUGCCUGGUCUAGUGGACGCAUAGAAUACUUUCCUUUUGCUGAUAUGUGAUUG